AUGGACGCAAAGCCGGAAAACGCAGUCAAAGCCGAACAGCCCGUCCACUUUCCAUUCUUACAGAAUGGCAUGCAUGGAGGACAACUGCCAAGAAAUCCGUUCUACGAUACCAAUACGGUGGCACCACAGAAACAAUCCAACGACGUAUUCUCCGGCAUGAAUCUCUCGAUGCAAGCAUUUAAUCCUAAUCCGGCACCGGUCAAAGAGGAACAAUUGCCGCAGUUCAACAUGAGCUCAUGUUUCAACUACUCUGGCUUGAAGCUACCAGCUUGUCAUCCGGGAACAUUCUCACAGCCUGAUCCCUACCAAAUUCUUGGUCCGACAUGCAGUCGUCUGGCGCACUCUGGAAGCGGCCAAACACAGUUAUGGCAGUUUCUUCUUGAACUCUUGGCCGAUAAAAGAUACGAUGACGUGAUCACCUGGGAAGGCACUCAGGGAGAAUUCAAGCUUGUUGAUCCGGAUGAAGUUGCCAGGAAAUGGGGUGAAAGGAAAUCAAAACCGAACAUGAACUAUGACAAAAUGUCACGAGCACUACGCUACUACUACGAUAAAAAUAUCAUGUGUAAAGUACAUGGAAAGCGAUACGCAUACAAGUUUGAUUUCCAAGGAAUAGCCCAAGCGCUCCAACCUCAGUCUGGUGGUGCUAGCUCGGAUUACCUUUCACCUCAAACCGUAAAUCGACUACAGCAGGACUUCAUGCAGGGCGGUUGGUCGGCAAACUACAGAUCACUAAUACCAACUGGAUUACAGACAAGUGGUGCCUUUUUUAACCCGUCGACCAUGGGCUACGGUGGAUUUGCUACUGGUGGAAACAAUGCAGCACUGCAAAGAAAUUUUCCCAUCUAUGGAUCAAACAUGACCAACUACUCAAAAUGCUUGUGA